ACCAAAUACGACUGCGAGUUAAACACUAAAUAACGUGUGAGUGUAUUUAAAACAACUAAUCCGAGCAUGAAAAGGCACCACUCUAAUGCAGAGGCCAAACGAACAAACUCAGAACUCUGGAGCAGAUCUGCUAGGAUCUCGUUACAAGUCAUCUGACCAAACUUGAAAUUUAAUUUUAUGCCAUUUUCUUAACUAAAUGGAACGAUGUCAUCGCGCAUAAGUUCUGUAACUUCAGGUGCAUCAUAUGAAUCAGUGCUGACGGUAACAUGCGACAUCCUGAAAGGCCAGAUAUUAAACAGUGGUUCCUCGCCAUACACCAUCCUGGAGUUUGUGGGUGAAGGUCGUUUCGGAAAAGUGGCCAAAUGCCUAAAAAAACCCACUUUGGACACAGUGGCAAUCAAGAUCAUCAGGAAAGGUGCUGCUUUUAUGAGGGAAACUGAGAAAGAGCUAACCAUGCUGAACAUGGUCAGUGUCUUGAACCCAGACCAUGCCAAUAUCAUCAAAUUCUUCGAAAGGUUUGAAUACAUGGGACAUACCUGUCUGGUUUUUGAGAUGCUAGACUGUCACUUGUUUGACUUGCUCACAGGACGAGACUGGGAGCCAAUGUCUCUGAGCGAAAUCCGCUCAAUUGCCAUGCAGCUGCUGGUGGCCUUGGAUGCUCUUAAGCCUCUUGGCAUUCUACACACAGAUAUCAAGCCAGACAACGUCAUGUGUGUCAACAAGCAAGUCCGUCCCCUCAGGGUAAAAUUAAUAGACUUUGGUCUCGCUCUUGUAGUCUCCAGCGUUCAUCCGGGAAUGAAAAUACAGCCUAAAGGUUACAGAGCUCCAGAAGCUGCCCUUGGCCUUCCCUUCAAUGAGGCUGUCGACAUUUGGAGUGUCGGUUGCAUACUAGGAUUCCUCUACAUUGCUGACAACCUUUUCCCUGUAGACUGCGAAUACCAGAUGAUGAAGUGUAUGGUGGAUGUCCUUGGUCAGCCAGAGGACCGUAUGCUCUGCGCUGGGAAAUAUACCAAGCGUUUCUUCACUAUGGAGGGAGGCAGUGAAGGUCGACUCUACAGACUGAGGACACCAGAGGAGUAUGAGGUUGCCAACCAUGUUACACUUCUUGAGUGGAGUUGCAUAAUUGAACCUCCCAGCUCCCUGGACGACCUUAUCAACUUUUAUCCUGUCCUGGAGGUGGGGGAGUUGGAGGAUCGAAGAGAAUUUGUUGAGCUGAUGAAAUGCUUGCUGGACCUUGAUGGUGACCAAAGGAUCUCCGCUCAACAGGCCUUGCUGCACCCAUUUAUUACACUGGCUCACCUGAACAAAGACCCUGACUACCAGUACAGUGAUUAUUUCCACACUGCUCGCAGCAUGAUGAGCAAUGUGGGAGAGGGAGCCUGCAAAGACAAAGAUCCAGAGAAGCAGUGUUCUGAUAGGGACAGACCCAUUAAAACCGCAAAACCGACUACACUGGAUUCUUCUCAGACAAUUUUGAAGCGAUUAUACAGAUUCUGUCGCAGUAUUACCUCACUAUUUUCAUGUUUUCGACCCGUGGUCGAUGACUAAACUGUAAACAGUUCUGAGAUAUUUUUCUGUAUAUUUUAAUUACGAUCUGUUUCUGGUUAGUCCCACAAUAUUUUUUAAAUUCAUAUGAUUAAUUAUUAAUAAUUAAAAACAAAAUAACGUCCACUAAAUUAUACUAGUCCUUCUAAGAAAAUUAGCAAAUUGUGAUUAAGUUCAUUAUUUUCUGUAAUGUACUGAGAAACAUUAGACUUUCAUAUAUUUUAGAUUAAUUACACACAACUGAAGUAGUUCAAGCCUUUUAUUGUUUUAAUACUGAUGAUUUUGGCAAAAAAAAGUCUAGAAAAACCAAAAAUGCCUAUCUCAAAAAAUUAGCAUAUUUCAUCCGACAAAUACAAAAAAAGUGUUUUUUAAUACAAAAAAAAAGCCUUCAAUUAACCUUCAAUUAAUUAUAUCAGCUAUUCACUCAAUACUUGGUCGGGAAUCCUUUUGCAGAAAUGACUGCUUCAAUGGGGCGUGGCAUGGAGUCAGUCAGCCUGUGGCACUGCUGAGGUGUUAUGCAGGUCCAGGAUGCUUCGAUAGCGGCCUUAAGCUCAUCCACAGUGUUGGGUCUGGUGUCUCUCAACUUCCUCUUCACAAUAUCCCACAGAUUCUCUAUGGGGUCCAGGUCAGGAGAGUUGGCAGGCCAACUGAGCACAGUAAUACCAUGGUCAGUAAACCAUUUACCAGUGGCACUGUGAGCAGGUGCCAGGUCGUGCUGAAAAAUGAAAUCUUCAUCUCCAUAAAGCUUUUCAGCAGAUGGAAGCAUGGAGUGUUCCAAAAUCUCCUGAUAGCUAGCUGCAAUCACCUUGCUCUUGAUAAAAAACAGUAGACCAAAACCAGCAGCUGACAUGGCACCCCAGACCAUCACUGACUGUGGGUACUUGACACUGGACUUCGGGCAUUUUGGCAUUCCCUUCUCCCCAGUCUUCCUCCAAACUCUGGCACCUUGAUUUCCGAAUGACAUCCAAAAUUUGCUUUCAUCUGAAAAAAGUACUUUGGACCACUGAGCAACAGUCCAGUGCUGCUUCUCUGUAGCCCAGGUCAGGCGCUUCUGCCGCUGUUUCAGGUUCAAAAGUGGCUUGACCUGGGGAAUGUGGCACCUGUAGCCCAUUUCCAGCACACGCCUGUGCACGGUGGCUCUGAAUGUUUCUACUCCAGACUCAUUCCACGGUUUCUGCAGGUCCUCCAAGGUCUGGAAUCGGCCCUUCUCCACAAUCUUUCUCAGGGUGCGGUCACCUCUUCUGGUUGUGCAGCGUUUCCUGCCACACUUUUUUAUUCCCACACACUUCCCACUGAGGUGUCUUGAUACAGCACUCUGGGAACAGCCUAUUCACUCAGAAAUUUCUUUCUGUGUCUUAGCCUCUUGCUUGAGGGUGUCAAUGAUGGCCUUCUGGACAGCAAUCAAGUCGGCAGUCUUGCCCAUGAUUGAGGUUUUGAGUAAUGAACCAGGCUGGGAGUUUUUAAAAGCCUCAGGAAUCUUUCGCAGGGGUUUUGAGUUAAUUCGUAUAUUCAGAUGAUUAGGUUAGUAGCUUCUUUAGAGUACCUUUUCAUGAUAUGCAAAUUUUUUGAGAUAGGGAUUUUUGGUUUUUCUUGACUUUUUUUGCCAAAAUCAUCAAUAUUAAAACAAUA